AGUAUAUGCAGAUUGCGCAUCUCGGUAUAGGACCUAUUUGCAAUAUGGCUGAUGCGAUUUCGUAACGUGUGAAACGUGGUCGACAAGUUGACUGGAAUUCCUGAUGGAGAAAACAUCUUCUAUUUCUAGAGUUGCCGACUUUUCAUCACCCAAGUUAGAAUCUCUAAAAAAGUUACCACGGAUUUCGAACUAUGAUAAGCUGUCUUUUCGUCAGCGCAUCUCAGAAAUGGACAAUAAUGAUGCCGCUGAAAAGACGAGUUGUGGAACUGACUCUACUGCUGCAAUUGCUGGGCAUGUGAUUGACUACGAUGAUUACGAGGCUUUACCCCAGAGCUCCACGCUGACCACGCAUUUGAUAGCCGGUGCUUUUGCGGGCAUGGCCGAGCACUGUGUAAUGUACCCAUUUGAUAGCGUGAAAACACGAAUGCAAUCUAUCAAGCCUUCACCCAAUGCAAUAUACAAAAACGUCUUCAACGGCUUGACCACCAUCAUAAGGAACGAGGGAGCCAACGGAACUGUGAGAGGCAUCAACGCAGUGGCACUGGGAGCAGGUCCCGCCCAUGCACUCUACUUCGCAUGCUACGAGAAGAUUAAGAAAGUGCUCAGCUCUCAUCCGGGCAAAAAUCCUCUCGCGAAUGCGGUCGCAGGUGGCCUAGCAACAGUCAUCCAUGAUGCUGCCAUGAAUCCUGUAGAAGUGAUCAAGCAACGCAUGCAGAUGUACAACAGCCCCUACAAGAACGUAACAGACUGUUUUAAGCGGGUGUGGAGAACUGAAGGCUACAAUGCCUUUUACCGGAGCUACACCACCCAGCUCACUAUGAAUAUACCCUUCCAAACCGUCCAUUUCGUCACCUACGAACUGGGCCAAGAGUACCUGAACUCUGAACGAAAGUACAACCCAAAGACACACGUCAUGUCGGGCGCGUUCGCGGGAGCCUUCGCCGCCGCAGUCACGACCCCGUUGGACGUUUGCAAGACUCUGCUGAACACGCAGGAGCGGGGCGUGACUAAUGGGAGGUCGUCAAUAAAUGGCAUGCUCCAUGCCUUUAGGACUAUAUACGACAUCGGCGGGCUCCGCGGUUACUUCAAGGGUAUAGGCGCCAGAGUGGUGUUCCAGAUGCCGGCCACGGCGCUAUCAUGGUCAGUCUACGAGUUCUUCAAGUACUUCUUAACGAACCAAUGGCCGAAUACAUAGGGGAAAGAUCUUAACGUCUUCUACGUGCAAGAGCUUUUUUAGGUCCAUAUAAAUUCCCUUGAUAAACGGCUAAAAGAGGUUGAUAAAAAAUAACUUUUUUGUUACCUUUUAUUACCCCACACAUUUGUAUAUUGAGUAUUUAUGACACUUUCCCUCGUAGACCAUUAAAAUGCAACUUAGACCUACACAGAUAGGAAUUCAAUGCGAACCUGUUUUGGAUAAAUGUGUUCUCAACCCUAGUCAUAUCCCAUCCCAUCUCCUCUUUUGUCAUGCAGUAAAAAUUGUCGAUCAAUUUAGAUUUUUCACCAUGUGAUGUUAUAAGUGGGCCUUUUAGCUGCAAUAACCUUUGUCAUUUGUUGCUUGUGAAUUAACACACAAAUCUUGAGGUCGUUUUCCCUUUUUAAAUCUGUAAACGAAUAUCAAUAGUGAACUAUGUAAGAGUGCUCAUGCCUGUAUGAUCACAACAUUGCUGUUCAAUGUUCUCU